AUGGCUUUAAAAAACUUCAAGAGCAGUAGCAUUAACAAUAAUAAUAAAAGUAUGUCGGAAUUUUUGAAGGGGCCUCAGAUAAAAGAAUGUUCUAAUACAAGAAAUAAACGAAAGAAACGUAAAUGUCAAGAGAAGCUUCCUGAUUUUUCAUGUUUAAAAAAAUUGAUAUAUGAACAGAAGAGAAAAGAAAACUUGGGUAAUUUAUUUUCAUUCAAUGAUCCGAGUAUAAAAGAGAGAAUCGAUAAAUUUAAUAAAAUAAUUGAAAAGAACAGACAAGAAGAUUCAAAUUUAGGUUAUAAUGAAGAUGAUGAAAUAGCUGGAAACUUUUGUGAGACAUCCAAAUUUGGAUAUACAUUUAUUAACAAAAUAAAGAAUAAUCAAAAUAAAGGUGAUGAUAUUGAGGAUUUAAUACAACAUGAUGAAGAAGAAGAAAUAGAUGAAGAUCUUGAUAUAAAUGAAACGGAUACACGAAAUAAAGAUUUAAGUACAUAUAAUAAUCAUGACGAUAAUAAUAAUAAUAAUAAUAAUAAUAUUGAAAAUUAUAAUGAUAAUAUAAAUGAUGCUAAUAAUAAUAUGAAUAUGAAAAAUAAUAAUAAUAAUAAUAAUAUAUUUAAUAAUAUAUUUAAUAAUAUACAUAGUAAUAUACAUAAUAACAAUCACAAUAAUAAUCAUAAUAAUAAGAUUGUGAACAAUUCCGAUAUUAAAAAUAAAGAUAUUUUAUUAGAUAAUUUAAAAUUAAGAUUUGAUGAAUUUAAAAUAGACACUUUAACCAUUCCACAAAAACCUAUAAAUAUUAUUGAUGAAAAUGGAAAAGAGAAAAAAAAGCUUUUCAUCUUUAAUAUAAAUAACAACACAACAAAAGGGAAGAAUGAAAAAAAAAGAAUCGAAAUUAUAUAUGAUGAUAAAGAGAAUGAUACGGAAGAGUCUUCUAUGGAACAUCAGACUAAUUAUUUGUAUGUUGAUAAAGAAGAAGAAAAUAUAAAAGAUGAUAAUAAAUAUGAUAAAAGAGAUAAUAAAAAAGGUUAUUUACAGGAUGAAAGUAAAAAUAAUAAAAUUAAUGAUUCAUCAAUUAUUGGAUCGAUUUCUCAUACAAAUAAUAAUUAUAUAUAUUCAUCAAAUAAAAAGAAUUCUUCUAUUUAUGAAUGCAAUAAAUUAUCAAAUGACAUAUCAAAUAAUAAUUUUAAUUAUUUGUCAAAUGAAAGAAUAAGAAAAACAACAUAUGAGAAGAUAUAUCCCUAUACAAAUGAAAAAGAAAAUAUAAUACAACAUGUGAACAAAUAUUGUAUUGGAAACGUUUAUCAUAGUAAUAAUAAAAUGAGAGUUGAAAGAAAAGAAAAUAUUUUGGAAUUAGUAAAUAAAAUUAAAGAUCAGAAAGAAUCUUACUUAUAUUUUGCUGUUAAGGAUAAUACAUUAUUAUUAAAUGAGAAUAAUGAUUAUUUUAGUAUUAUGAUGCAUUAUUUAUGUGAAAGAACAAAUGAUUGGAAUAUUCAAAUGUUAUAUUAUUUAAUUAUGAAACCAGCUAAUAUGGAUUUAUUAUUAUAUUUAAUUUUAACCUAUUAUAAAUUUCCUUUUCUUGAUAUCAUAGAACAAUAUCAAAAUAUAUCUAUUAAUAAUAUUAUUCAAAGUACUUAUGAAGAAAUAUCCUUAUAUGAUUAUUAUUAUUAUGUAUUUCAUAUAUUAGAAAUAUCACAUGAACAAUAUUAUAUGUCCUUAGAACUAUUUAAUGGAAUGAAAUUUUUAUUAGACAAAUAUAACUUUUUUCUAAGCAGGAUGCAUAAAAAUUCCAUCUUUUCAAAGAAUAAAUUUGUAUUAGGCCUAGGAGACAUACAAAACGUAAAGCACAUUUUCUUAAAUGAUAGUAUAUGUAAUAGCAUAUACCAAAAAAAACAGAAAUUAGAAUCGAAGGAUUACAUUGAUAAUGAAGACAUAGUAGACGGUGAAGAAAGUACUACAGAUGAUCCUGGAGAGAGGAUUCAAGAAAAAAGACGAACAAAAAAAAAAAAAAAAAAAAAAAAGGAAAUAAAAGGAAAAAAUAUAUGUCAGGAGAGGCCAUGUCUCAUGAGGGCUACAAGUAUGGAAGAUAUUCACGAUGGGUGCAUAGGCAAGUACAAACAUGAUGAUGAUAACAACAACAACAAAUGUGACGAUGAUAAUAACAAACAUGAUGAUAAUAACAACAAACAUGAUGAUAAUAAUAAUAAUAACAAAUGUGACGAUAAUAAUAAUAAUAACAAAUGUGAUGAUAAUAAUAAUAAUAACAAAUGUGAUGAUAAUAAUAAUAAUAACAAAUGUGAUGAUAAUGCAAAAAAUGAUGGAGAGCAUAAUAAUAAUAAUAAUAAUAAUAACUUUAAUACGCUGAAAAGAAAAAAUGGAACGCUACAAUAUAUUUUAAACACCAAACUUGAUUUCAUUAAUUAUCAACAGAAAAAUUUUUUUAAUGAAACACACUGGAAUGAAAUGGAAAAUUAUUAUCACCUGAAUAAUUUAGAUAAGUUAGUAUAUUUUACAAAAGAUUUAUAUUAUAAAUUUACCAAAAAAAAUAUAUAUCAUAAACUAAACGAAAUAACAUGUGAACAGAAACAUUUUGAUAAGAUACAAAUUAUUGAACAUUGUAAAAAAAAGAUUCCUAAGUAUGAUAAAGAUGUAAAAUUUAUGAACUUCUUAGGUGUGUAUUCUCACUCUUUCAUAUGGCAGGUCUAUUGUUUAGAACUAGAACAAUUUUGUGUUUUAAAAUUUAAACGAAUAAAUUUAGGUUUCUUAUAUAUGCACGACGAUAAGCAGAUUGAAAAUAAGAAUAAAAAGAAAACUCACCAUCAGAAUGAUGAUAAUAAUAGGGAAGAAGGCCAUAAUGGAAUUGUGAAGAGUAAAAAAAUAUAUCUUGAGCAUAUGUCAUCAAAGGUACCUUAUGAAAAGCGCCAUAGGAUAAAUACCAUCCCGAAGUAUUAUAUGAAUGGAAGGGAACAACAAGUGAACCAAAAUUAUAAUGAAGAUGACGGUGAUGGUGAUGAUAAUAAUAAUGAUGAUGAUAAUAAUAAUGAUGAUGAUAAUAAUAAUGAUGAUGGUGAUAAUAAUAAUGAUGAUGAUAAUAAUAAUGAUGAUAAUAAUAAUGAUGAUGGUGAUAAUAAUAAUGAUGAUGAUAAUAAUAAUAAUAAUCUUUACAUUGAUUAUAAUAAUAAUAUUCAAAAUAUUAACAAUUUUUAUAAUGAUGAUAUACAACCUCUAAAGGAAAAUUGUGAUUAUAUCAUGAAAGGCAAACAUAUCAUAGAAAUGUUAUAUCACCAAAUGGACGAAAAAAAAAAAAAUGAAAUGAAUAAGAAAAAAAGGAAAGGAUAUAUUUUAAAUUUAAGACUUAUUGAAAAUCAUAUAACGAUAGCAUUAAAAACAUUUAAGUUUCUUGUAAAAGAAUAUAAAAUAGAAAAUAUAUUUUUCCCUAUAUCAGUAGAAAUAAAAAAGAAAAUUAUUGAAAAAAGUAAAUAUAUAAAUGGUACUCCAUUAAAUGAAUUUAUAUAUAGUGAGUUUUUAUCAGGUAUUGAUUUAAAAUUACGAGUUUUUAAAUUAAAAUGUAUUAUGUUAAAAAUAAUGAAAAUAUUAAUAACGUUUUUAAAGUUUGAUAUAUUAAUUAUACUUAAAUGUUCAAGAAUAUUUUUAAAAGAAGAUAAUUUAAUUAUAAAUGUAGGUAUUCCAUUAGGCUUAUUACCUAAUCGUACCGUUCUUUUCUUAUUAAAUAAUAUUGAACAAACUAUUGCUACAAAAUCAUAUAGUAAAACAAUAUUUCAUUAUAUUCCACCAGAAAUUAAAAAUAAAUUAAAAAUUGUAGAUUGUGAACAGUAUAUUAUGGAUUAUACUAAUAAUAAACAAACAGUACAGGAAAAUAUGGAUCCUUUAGAUUAUGAUACAGAAAAAAAUUGUUUUUAUUUUGAUGAUAAAUUAAAAUUACAAAAAGCAUAUUCUUAUAUGAUUGGAAAAAUAUUUGAAGAAACAUUAAUUGAUACAUUUACUGGUGAUAAAUUAGAUUAUUUAAAUUUCGAUCAAACAAUUAAAUCUUUUUUAUAUUCAUGUCUUCAAGAAGAUGUAGAAAAAAGAGAUCCUUUACAAAACCUAUUAAAUCAUAAAUGUUUUCAUGACUGUUUUGAUUUAUAUAUUAAUAUUUAUGAUGAUAAUAUUAACUCUUAUAAAAAUGAUAAGGAAAAGGCUGUACGAUUAAGUGAUCUUAAUUAUAUUAAUAAUUAUGAUUACAAUAUUUUUAGUGUACCUUCAGACCAUUCCUCAACUUCAUCGUCUUUUUCAACAGACAGGGAAAUUACAACAUCCAGUAGGUAUUCCACAUCCAGUUCGUGA